AUCUUCCCCUUUUUCUUUUUAACAUUUUUAUUAUUUAGUCCCUUUGAUUUCUUCCUCCAACCAACAACAAUCCAAUAACCAAAUAAACUGUCCUUAAAUCUUCUUCGUCUCCUUCUCUUCGCGAACUUUCUGAUUUUUUGGGGGCUGAUUUCACGCUCUUUUACACCCCUUAAGUGCUUCCUUUCAGUAUUAUUCGACUUAGAAAUAAGCUGAUUUUCGAUUUUGAUUUUUGGAUCAUUUCCUCUUAUUAUUUGCGCAAAAAUAGGGUUUUACGAUUUUAUCUGCGCCAGAUUGCAAGUAUUUUGAAGGGGGAAGUUGAAUUCAGAGUAGCAAUUGAUUCACAAGACUUUGAACAGCCGUACGUCUUCUCCGAUUUAAAUUUCGAUCAAGUUUUCCUUCUAGAUUUCGCAUAAUCGAAGAGUGAAACGAGUUGUAAGAACACGAACGAGUUGACCGAGUUGACUGAUGGGGGACUCGGACAACGACUCGGGAGGGAAAUCGAACCACUUCAGCCGCGUAGAUUCAUUCCCGAAGGAGCAAGACCGGUUUUUACCAAUCGCAAACGUGAGCCGGAUCAUGAAGAAGGCGCUGCCGGCAAACGCAAAGAUCUCGAAAGACGCGAAAGAAACGGUUCAGGAGUGCGUUUCGGAGUUCAUAAGCUUCAUCACAGGAGAAGCAUCCGAUAAGUGUCAGAGAGAGAAACGGAAGACGAUCAACGGCGACGAUCUUCUCUGGGCGAUGACCACCCUUGGGUUCGAGGAAUACGUUGAACCGCUCAAGAUUUAUUUACAGCGGUUCAGAGAGUUGGAAGGGGAACGAACCGGGCUCGGACCACCGGUUCAAGGGAGUAAUAGCAACACUAGUGGUAGUAAUAAUAAUGGGAGUGUUGGGGUAAAUAGUGGGAGUGGUGGGGGUGUUUAUGGGAUUGCUCAAGGUGGACACGUGUAUGGAUACGGUGGUGGUGGUGGUGGUGGUGGUGGUGGGGGUAAUAGAGGGAUUUUGACUUAUGGUGGGCCAGGAGGAGUUAAUGGUGGGCCGAGAUGAUAAUAUUAUAUUUUUAUUGGGCCCCACUAGGUUCUUGUAAGUAAAUUGAGUGGUGGGUGGGUGGGUGAAUGGGUGGGUAUUUAUUUCUCUUUUUGUAUUUUCUUUAUCUUGUUAGCUUUUUAGUAAUGUUGAAAUUGGAAUUUGGUUAGCUGUUGGUUAAUUUUGGGCAUGUCAUUUUAUAGCUUUGGUCUUAGACUCUUAGUGUCUGUAAUCUGUACAGAAAGCCCAGAAGGGCUUUAUUAUUAAAAUGAAGUGUGAUUUUUGUUCUUUUGGAGUUUAAGUAGAGGUAAGAAGAGACUUGUAAGAAUUAAACUCUCUACCUUUUAAGUAUGUGAUGAUGCUAUUAAACAUUAAAGAGAUCAUUUUGAUUCUUAUGAA